UAUUGCAACUGUUUUCCGCCUUCAAGAUCGGAGGCUCUUGUGACGGGACCGUCUGAUAUGAUGGGACAAGCUACUUUGCAAAAGAUACAUACGAGCCUAAUCGAUAUCCGUGACCGAUUGUCUAAUCUGAAAUGUAAAACUUAUUGCAACUGUUUUCCGCCUUCAAGAUCGGAGGCUCUUGUGACGGGACCGUCUGAUAUGAUGGGACAAGCUACUUUGCAAAAGAUACAUACGAGCCUAAUCGAUAUCCGUGACCGAUUGUCUAAUCUGAACUUAUCAGCUGGACAGAGUUGUGAAACGAAAGCUGAUGAUAACGGUCCGUCGGAAGUUGUCAAACGCGAGGCUGACGAUGUGAAGAACGAAAAGCUGGUCAAAGAAACUAAGGCUAAAGAGGCAAAUGAGGAGCAAUCGAAACCUUCAGCCGACAAACGCCAGGUUGAUCCUUUACACGAGCUUUUCCAGAGGAAACUGGCACUUGCUCUCGAAGAAUGCUACCCAGAUUUGCCAUCCCCGGGGAAACCAAACAGCGAGCGAGAUCCAUCAGAGGAGUCGAAAAAUAAACGUAAAGUUAAAUUUAAGGGAACGCAAGACAACACUGGGGAUGAGGAAGCGGAUGACAAGCAAGAAUCGCCAUCGCGCGAAGGCCGAAAUUGUUAUAUUCAGUUCCGCGGACCAAACUCAUACAGGUACUUCAGAUAUGGAGCACCAUAUUUGAUGGGAGACGCGCGCUGGUCCAGGGGUGCUUACCCGCCCGAUGGAUAUCCAUACAUGCCUUUCCAGCCACCACCACCACCAUUUGGACCCCAUCAAGUUUCACAAACGCCCGGCAACUCUAUUUUCUCCUGUCAUUACCAAGUUUAUGUAAACUUAGACACUGUGUACUACGCUUCCAUAUUGCCUACAUUUGCUCAUUAUCUAGUUCCUGUCAUGACAAUAAACCACUUCUCCAUGCUCUGCAUCUCUAGAGAAUGUUUGGUGGCCCCAGACCUCCGUUUCCGGAAUUCGGUCACUAUGGAUCGGGACACAUGGCGGGCGCUCCUUGGGCUAGUGGUGGGAGAGGAAACCGGCCACCGCGUCCCACCAGCAAAACAAGACACGAAGAGCGCCCGCCAUCGUGGAUUCCGGACUUUAUCCACGAAUAAA